AAACAAACGAAAAAAUGAAUUUUUGUUUCGAAUAGAAUUUCAAUUUUGCUUCUGAUUCAAUUUAAACAACAACAACAAAAAAUCUAAUCACACUGCAGUUGAAUUGUGGAUCAGCAAAACAUUCGACGAAUUUGAACGAAAAAAAAACCUUGAAAAAAAGAUCAAUUUCCAAUCGAAUAACAACAACAACGUGAAGAUCUUUAUAUUUUGAAGAUUCAGAAGAUUCAUUGAAGAGAAUUGAAGAAAGAAAAAAAAUGUCAACAACAUAUGUAACCGAUGAAUCGGGUACAAAAUUUAUAGCCAGUUCACAACGUCCUGAUGGUUCAUGGCGUAAAGCUCGUCGUGUAAAAGAUGGUUAUGUACCACAAGAAGAAGUACCAAUCUAUAUGCCCAAAAGUAAACGUGAACAACAACAAAAAAGGCCUUCCAAACCAUUAUCGGCUAAUGCUCAGCCAUUUUAUCAUAUGCCUCGUAUUGAAAUGGAAAUGCGUACAGUUACCUUGGAACCUGAUGUAUUGACGCCAUUAAAUAAAACUUCCGGAUCAUCAUCAUCAUCAUCAUCAAAAACAUCAUCAAUAUUAAAUCAAAAUCAACAAUUUAAUAAUUUUGAUUUUGAUCAACAAUUAGAUCAAAAUAUUUACAAUACAACAAAUAAAUCGCCAUCAUCAUCAUCAUCAUUAUCAACAACAACAACAACAUUGUCCAAUGAAUGGAAAGUGGUCAAAUCGAAAAGCUCAUUACAAUCAAAAAAUGAUAAUAUAGUUGAUUGUGGUUCAUUAUCAUCUCAAAUAUCUCAACAACAACAACAACCAAUGGCUGUAAAUGAAUGUGGUCAACCAAUAGCAACCGACCCAGUUAAACGAUUAAGAAAUUUAAAGAAAAAAUUGAAAGAAAUUGAAACAUUAAUACUAAAAAAUCCAUCCGAAUUGGAAAAAGAACAAUUACAAAAAAUACAAAGACAUGAAGAAAUUGUUGAACAAAUUGAACAAGUGACUAAAUUGAUUGAACAACUUUGAAGUUUUCUUUUUUAAAUUUAAAUUUUAAUAUUCACUUGUUGUUGGCUGUAAUUUGUUCAUUGAUCAAUCAAUAAAACCAAUCCAUCCAUUUGAUCCCAAAGUUUUUCAA